AUGUCAGAAGAUAACGAUCCUAAGGGAGCGUAUAAUAGAGCACCCGUUUUCAAAGGAGAAAAUGAUAUAUAUUGGAAAUUGAUCAUGUAUGUACACUUGUUAUCGGUUGACAAAAAUCUACGGUGUGCCGUCACCGAGGGGCUAUAUAUUCCCAAGGGCGAUAAUAGCGUUGUUAAACAACCUAAAGACUGGACUGAUGAUGAAACCAAAAAGGCUUCAUAUGAUUUGAAAGCGAAGAAUAUAAUUAUUUUAGCAAUAAGUGCUAAAGCGUUCUAUUCGAUUUCACAUCAUACAAGUACUAAAGGUAUAUGGGAUGCUCUCCAAACUCUCUAUGAGGGAACAAAGGGUGUAAAGGAUUCUAAAAUUAAUAUGUUUACAGAGGAGUUUAAACUAUUUCGUACGAAACCCGGAGAAUUCGUGGAUUCCAUGCAAACAAGAUUCCUUUAUUUGAUCAACAAACUGCGAGACUUAGUCGAGCAUGAGAAUGAGUUGAAACUACUCGCUAAUAGCAAAGUAAAUUCGAAGAAGAAUGAGAAAGGGAAAGAAGAGAAGCGAGAUCUUUCUUUGAAAGCUUCAUCUUCCAAAGUGAAUAAGUCAAAGGAAGAAAGUGACGAUUCUGACGAAGAAGCUUCCAAAAAGGAAGAAAUGGAUUUAUUCGUCAGACGCUGCAAUAGAUCUCUUAAGAGAAACAAGCUCAAGCAUACUGAUAAAUGUCUAGUUAAUUUCAGAAAUACUCAUCCACCAAAGAAGGAUCACAAGAAACAGGAUGAUGAGAUCACAUGCUAUGAAUGCGGUAAAUUGGUACACUAUAGAACUACAUGUACAAAUCCCACCAAACAUCAUAAAAGAAAAGACAAGGCUUCCUACAAGACGAAAGGAAAAUCUUCCAAAAGUCGUAGAGCCUACAUCGCGUGGGAAAAAGAGGUAGAGAGUUUCUCCUCAGACUCCUGCUCGAGUUCAGAUGAUGAGUGUGCCAAAUUUUUCUUGAUGGCACGAAAGAAAAAUGGAACUUCAAAGGUAUAUAAUUCUGAAUCUGAAAAUGAGUAUACUUAUGGUGAAUUGUCUAGUGCAUUUAAUGCCAUGUGUGCUGAUUCUAUUAAAGCGUUUAAGAACAUUGCUCUCCAAAAAGAAAUUAUUGAUACACUUGAACAUGAUAUAAAUAAUCUUAAUCGUGCUUUAAAAUGUUUAAAGGAAGUUCAUACUUCUCAUAUGGAAGAUCGUUGUAUUGUUUUGGAUACUUUAGCUGAAAAGAUAGAGGUUGUGGAAUGUGUUAAUUGUCCAAUUUUAAAAACUAAAAUUGAAACUCUUAGAGGAUAUUUGACACAUGCUACCACAUUUUCUAAUACUUGUUAUAGUUUUUCAAGUGAAAGAAGGAAGGUUUUUAAGAAAAAUCCCCAUCUCACUAGGAGAAAUAGAAGGAGUGUUUCAUCUAAAGCUAUUUGUCAUUAUUGUGGAGAUAAGAGUCACAUUAGGCCUUUUUGUCAUGUUAGGAAGAUUGAAGUUCCCAAUGGUAAAAUAACAUCGAUACCGAAAUGUAACUCAAAUAACCCUGAAGAACCCACUAGUUAG